AUGGCAUCCACGAACGGAGGAAUACGCAUCGCAAUCGACCGGGGCGGCACCUUCACCGAUUGCGUCGGGAACCCUGGAACGGGAAAACUGGAAGAUGAUAUUAUAAUUAAAUUGCUAUCAGAAGACCCCGAGAACUAUAAUGAUGCGCCUCUGGAGGGUAUACGUCGGUUGCUUUCCAAAUUUACCGGCCGCGAGAUCCCCCGAGGCGAACCCCUCGACACAUCGAAAAUCGAAAGUAUUCGGAUGGGCACGACUGUAGCAACCAAUGCCCUUCUUGAGCGGAAGGGCGAGAGGAUUGCUCUAAUAGUAACCAAAGGGUUCAAGGAUUGUUUGCAGAUAGGAAACCAAUCUCGUCCGAAGAUCUUCGACUUAGCCAUCAGGCGUCCCGAGGUUCUGUACGAAAAAGUCAUUGAGAUUGAUGAACGGGUGACCUUGGAAGACUAUGCGGAAGAUCCAACACGACGAACGACAGAAACUUCUCCGAGAAGCGAGACAGCGUUGGAUGCAGAUGUGGUCCGUGGCCUUUCCUCCGAGGCAGUGAGGAUCGUUCAACGGCCAGAAAAGGAUACUGUACGAGACCAGCUGCAGCAGUUGUACGACGAUGGCUUCCACAGUAUCGCAGUCUGUCUUAUGCAUGGAUACACCUUUCCAGACCAUGAAGCAUUGGUUGGCCGGUUAGCUCGAGAUAUCGGGUUCAAGCAUGUCAGCCUCAGCCAUGAGCUAAUGCCAAUGAUCAAAUUAGUCCCUAGGACGACUUCUGCAUGUGCAGAUGCCUAUCUCACACCUGCAAUCAAGAAAUAUAUUGCUGGCUUCGAGGCCGGUUUUGAAGGGGGGUUAGGUGUAGAGUCUGUACAGAAAAGCAGUGGACAUAAGGGUGCGCGAUGCGAAUUCAUGCAAUCAGACGGUGGUCUGGUUGAUGUCAGCCAAUUCUCGGGUCUAAAGGCUAUACUUUCAGGGCCAGCGGGAGGAGUAGUUGGCUAUGCUCUCACUUCUUAUGACCAUCAAAAUAAGACGCCAGUAAUUGGGUUUGACAUGGGUGGUACAAGUACUGACGUCAGCCGCUAUGGAGAGGGCAGAUAUGAGCACGUCUUCGAAACGACAACUGCAGGAGUGACUAUACAGUCGCCUCAGUUAGACAUAAACACCGUUGCUGCGGGUGGUGGUUCUCGAUUGUUCUUCCGUAACGGACUCUUCGUCGUCGGCCCAGAAUCUGCUGGGGCUCAUCCUGGUCCUGCCUGUUAUCGCAAAGGAGGCCCACUGACUGUGACAGACGCGAAUCUGUUUCUUGGAAGACUUUUGCCAGACUUUUUCCCGAAGAUAUUCGGCAAGAAUGAGAAUGAAGGCUUGGAUGAAGAAGCCAGCCGUGAAAAAUUCGAAGAACUUACUAAACAAAUCAAUGAGGAGUUGUCUAAAUCAGAUGGAGAUAAAGAAAUGACCGCGGACGAAGUGGCAUACGGUUUUAUAAAAAUCGCUAAUGAGACCAUGACACGCCCAAUACGUUCACUAACUGAAGCUAGAGGCCAUGACACGUCAAAACACCGCCUCGCAACAUUUGGCGGUGCUGGUGGUCAGCAUGCUGUAGCGAUCGCCGAGGGACUUGGGAUACGGCAGAUAUUAGUGCAUCGAUACUCCUCGGUACUCUCUGCAUAUGGAAUGGCCUUGGCUGACGUUGUAGAUGAAAGGCAAGAGCCGGAAUCCCAAGUUUGGGCUGUGGGGGAUGUGCAGAAGAGACUUAAAUCUAAGAUGGAAGAGUUGAAAAGUAAAUCGGCGGAGAAGCUUCGUGCUCAGGGCUUCAACGACCAAUCCAUCGAGUUCGAAGAAUAUCUCAACAUGAGAUAUAGAGGCACAGAGUCAUCGCUUAUGAUCAUCAAGCCAACUCCGGAGGAGGCGCGCAAUGACUACGGAGGAGAUGAAUGGGCAUUUGGAAAGGCGUUUGUCAAGCAGCAUGAGCGAGAGUUCGGAUUUGUUUUGCCAGAUAGAGACAUUAUAGUUGACGACGUACGCGCUCGUGGUAUCGGCAAGAGUUUCCAAUCAUCAGAAAAGACAGUUGACGAACAACUACGAGAGUCAGCGCCCCGUGAUGUGGAUAGCAAAAAAGUGUAUCAGACGAAGAAGGUCUUUUUCGAGGGAGGACGUCAAGAUACCCCAAUUUAUAGGCUCAAUGAUCUUGAGGUCAAUGACCGUGUGAGAGGGCCAGCAAUCCUCGCCGACGACACGCAGACACUGGUUGUGACUCCUGGAGCCAGUGCUCUGGUUACAGGAACACAUGUAGUCAUCAACAUUGGCGAGAGUGAGGUGCUUGGAGUUAAGGCUGACACCAGCGGGGUCGACCCCAUCAUGCUGAGCAUUUUCGGCCACCGUUUUAUGGCAAUUGCAGAGCAGAUGGGUCGCGCUCUGCAAAAAACGAGUGUGAGCACAAAUGUGAAGGAGAGACUGGACUAUUCAUGUGCCUUGUUUGACCCUGAUGGUGGUUUGGUUGCCAAUGCACCACAUUUACCAGUACACCUGGGAAGCAUGUCGACGUGUGUUCGAACUCAAGCGAAUAUAUGGAAAGGAAAGCUCAAGCCGGGAGAUGUGAUUGUGUCUAAUCACCCGGAGUUUGGAGGCACUCAUCUUCCAGAUAUUACCGUCAUUACACCAGCCUUUGCCGGUAAUGAGAUCAUCUUCUAUGUAGCGUCUCGGGCGCAUCAUGCGGAUAUUGGAGGAAUUCUCCCUGGGAGUAUGCCACCUCACUCGAAAGAGCUUUAUCAGGAAGGUGCGGCAAUAAAAUCAGAGAAAUUGGUCUCGGAAGGCCAUUUCAACGAGGAGCGGAUUGUAGAGCUCCUUUAUCGUGAGCCGGCUCAGUAUCCGGAUUGCAGUGGGACACGAUGUCUUGCAGAUAACUUGAACGACCUGAAAGCCCAAAUAGCGGCAAACCAGAAGGGAAUCAACCUUAUAACCAAUCUGAUCGACGAAUAUAGACAGGAUGUCGUGCAGCAUUAUAUGACCAAGAUUCAAGAAAACGCCGAGCUAAGUGUUAGGAACCUCCUCAAGGAAGUCAGCCAGAGGUUUAAAGGUAAGGACCUAACUGCUAUUGACUACAUGGACGACGGGAGUCCAAUCCAGUUGCGCAUCUCAAUCGACGCAGAAGAAGGUACAGCGACCUUUGACUUUGCCGGUACUGGACCCGAGGUCUAUGGAAAUAUCAAUGCACCCGAAGCUGUAACAUACUCAGCUAUCAUAUACUGCCUGAGAUGCUUGAUCUCAGAGGAUAUUCCACUCAACCAGGGAUGUCUGAAACCGAUAAACGUUCACAUUCCGAAGAAUUCAUUCCUCUCACCAUCGGAGAAAGCAGCUGUCGUGGGGGGAAAUGUUUUGACGAGUCAACGAGUCACAGACGUGAUCCUAAAAUGUUUCAAAGCCUGUGCUGCGUCUCAAGGAGACACAAACAACUUGACUUUUGGCUUUGGUGGCAAUGUAUCCGGAGAGAAAGCAACCCAGGGUUUCGGAUAUUACGAAACCAUUGCUGGAGGUAGCGGAGCCGGUCCAGACUGGGAAGGCACCUCAGGAGUCCACACGCACAUGACCAAUACUCGUAUAACAGAUGCCGAGGUCUUCGAACGACGAUAUCCUGUCUUGCUACGAGAGUUCAGCUUGCGGCCUGGUUCUGGAGGAUUAGGUCAGCAUUGCGGCGGAGACGGCGUCGUUAGAGACAUCGAGUUCCGUAUUCCAGUCCAGGUAUCGAUUCUCUCGGAACGGCGGGUGUAUAAACCAUAUGGUUUAGAAGGUGGUGAAGAUGCCCUGACUGGUCGUAACUUGUGGAUUCGAAGAAUUCCUAAGAAGGACAAAGACGGAAACGAGACCGUGGAAGAUCGCAUUAUCAAUUUGGGAGGCAAGAAUAGCAUAAAGAUGCAACCUGGUGAACGCAUCGUUAUCAUGACGCCGGGAGGAGGCGGCUGGGGCGUUGCAGGGGAGGAGAGUAAAGCUCGCACGAAGCUUGAUGCACGACACGCGUGGAGAGGUGGUUCUAUUGCAAAUAUUCUCGCAACACAAGAGACUAGUAUCUAG